GGGCAUGGCCUCUGAUUGUCACUGUCCCCUGGGCCUCUCUGUGAAGUCCCUGCCAAGGGGCGUGGGGAGUUGGCCAGGGGAGGGCCCUGCUCCAUGCAGCCUGCCCCUCCCCCGACUGGAGAGCAGAGCAGAAGGACAGAGGGACAGAGGGACAGAGGGACAGAGUCCCCAGAAAUGUUGCUCCUUAGGUGCAGCUUCCGGACCCUGCCCUCCCUCUGUCUCUGCGUCCUGGUUCUGGCCUGUGUUGUGGGCUGACUCUGUUCCCGCAGCAUGCCAGCAAGGAGUGGCUGCAGGAACCCCGAGCCCCUCGCUGGAGCUGGAGAAGAGCCGUUGGAGCCUGGUGCCCAGCAGGGUGAGGGAGCUCGUGGAGCCGCUGGUGACGAAGACCAGAGAGAGGUGGAAGUGGGUCUGGGGCCCCGAUAGCUUCAUGGCGACCUACUACGAAGACCACCUGAAGGACUUGGGUCCUCGCACCCAGGCCUGGCUCCAAAGCUCCAAAGCCAGCCUCCUGAACAAGGCCCGCAGCCUGUGCCCCAAGUUCUUCUGCAGCGACAAAGACCAGGGUUGAAGCAUUCACACUGGCCCAGCGUCCGCAAUAAAGAGAUUCUCACCUGUG